AUGAAGUUCACGGGUAUUUGGCCGGAAGAGAGAAAAUGGAACCGACCGUCGAGUUACGUUGUUCUGAUACCGUGUUUCAUGAUGCUGUGUUUCGGGUGUGGUCCACAAACCGUCAAUCUGCCGUUCAUCGCGCACGAUUUGAAUCUCGUGGUCGAGAACUUGUCGAUGGCUAACAUGACCACGAACUUAAAUGUAAUAUUUUUCACGGUGAAUGGCGUGACUGACAAAUUGAAGGCACCAAAUAUUUAUCAUUAUACAAAGACACAUUCUAUCCAGCAUUUUCUCUGCUUGCAAGCAUUGAAGCUUCUGCUCAAGUGCAUAGCCGAGGACUGGGCCACGGUGGAGACGAAAAUCGAACGAGAAACGAUGGUGAACGUCGCCAGUAUC